AUGCCUCACGCCGACUCGAGUUAUAUUCCAUCGACUAUCUCAACGAAAUCAGAAUUCUACGAACAUGUCAUAACUCACCUGGAAGCAUUACUCGAGGGAGAAAGAUACUGGGUAACUAACCUAGCUCAAACUUCCGCUAUACUCUAUCAUUCAUAUCUCGCCUCCUCAUUAUAUGGCGGAGGGAGUAUACAUCCAGUCGUAAACUGGUGUGGAUUUUACCUCCAUCCCCCUUCUAAUUCAUCCUCAUCUCAUCUUUCAUCUACCUCCCCUUUACUAUUAGGUCCAUACCAAGGUCGACCCGCCUGUUUAUCCAUAACUCCCAUAAAAGGAAAAGGAGUCUGUGCGGACGGCUUCCUAUCCCAGCGGACAUUGAUAGUCAACAGCGUAGAUGAUUACCCAGGUCAUAUAGCUUGCGAUGGAGAUACAAAAUCCGAAAUCGUAGUUCCAUUACGAAACGAUCAUAAUGUAGUGAUAGGAGUGUUGGACUUGGAUAGUACCCUGUUGAGCACUUUCGAUGAAGAUGAUCAAAACGGUUUGGAAAGGGUGGUGGAAAUUUUGAGGAAAGGUUGUAAUUGGUCAUAG